GCAAUGGACGCGUGGCCAAGUGUGUGUUUCGUAGCCCUGUCCACGGUGCUGGCGAUUUGGCUUCUCAAGCUCUCGGGUAGCAAGAGCAAGUCAGCCAAGAAGAACCUACCUCCAGGGCCAUGGACUCUCCCGAUCAUCGGCAGCCUCCACCACGUCACCACUGCCCUCCCUCAUCGCACCAUAAUGAAGCUAUCUCGCCGUCAUGGGCCCCUAAUGCUUCUCAGGCUAGGCGAGGUCCCCACCGUGGUGGUCUCCAGCGCCGAGGUGAUGGCUGAGGUGACCAAGGCCAACGACCUCGCGUUCGCCGGCCGGCCGCGGAGUGCAACCAAUGAAUUGUUCGGCUCUGGCGGAAGGGACAUCGCCUUGGCCCCAUACGGUGACCAUUGGCGCCAGAUGCGCAAGAUCGGCGUCAUGGAGCUCCUCAGCUCCAAGCAGGUGAAACGCAUGGAAAGCAUCAGGGUUGAGGAGGUGGGCAGCCUCCUCCGGGAUAUCACGGCUUCAAAUGGCGCCACCAUCAACCUCAGCGAGAAGGCCAUGGCGCUCAGCAACCACGUCACCACGAGGGCAGUUUUCCGCGGCAAGUUCACACAGCAAGGUGAGUACCUCCGUGAGUUGGACAAAGCGUUUACGCUGCUGGGCGGCUUCUGCCUGCACGACCUCUUCCCGUCGUCGAGGUUGGUCAGGUGGCUGAGCAAUGGCGAGCGCGAGAUGAACAAAUGCCAUCGCCGCAUCCACCGCAUCAUUGCCAAUGUCGUCGAGGAGCGCAAGGCCUCGCGAGCUGCCCAUACCGGCAGCUCUGUCGCCGGCCACGAGGACAUGCUGGACGUGCUGCUCAGGCUGCAGCACGAGGACUCGUUGCAAUUUCCUCUAACCACAGAGACAAUGGGGGCCAUCUUGUUUGACGUAUUUGCAGGUGGCACGGAGACCACGGGAAAUGUUUUGAUAUGGGCCAUGGCAGAGCUUAUGCGUAGUCCAAACAGUAUGGCUAAAGCACAACAAGAAGUGCGUGAGGUUUUGGGUGAAGACCGAGCUGUCAUUACUAAUAGCGACCUUGUUGAACUCCAGUAUAUGAGAAUGAUCAUCAAGGAGGUCCUUAGGUUGCAUCCGCCUAAUCCUCUUGUUCCCCGCAUGGCCAGAGAGGAUUGUACAGUUAUGGGUUAUGACAUCCCUAAAGACACUAGUGUAUAUAUUAACGUUUUUGCAAUUUCUCAAGACCCUAGAUAUUGGGACAAACCUGAAGAGUUUAGGCCAGAAAGGUUUGAGAAUAAUGACGUGAAUUACAAUGGGACAUACUUUGAAUUCCUUCCCUUUGGGACUGGGCGACGACAAUGCCCAGGUAUUCAGUUCAGCUCAUCAGUCACUGAGAUGGCAUUAACAAACUUUUUGUAUCACUUCGACUGGUUGCUUCCGAAUGGGGCUAACGCCGCUUCAGUUGACAUGUCUGAGAAAUUUGGGAUUAAUGUCAGCAAGAUGUAUGGCCUGCAACUCAUAGCUAUUCCACACGUGUGGUCCAAAGCUAUGUCGUCAAAGUGA